GUGGAAUCGCAGAGGCGCCGCCAUCCCGGGGCAGAUGCAGGCGAUCAAGUGUGUGGUGGUGGGAGACGGGGCUGUGGGGAAGACCUGCCUGCUGAUCAGUUACACCACUAAUGCCUUCCCUGGAGAGUAUAUCCCCACUGUGUUUGAUAAUUACUCCGCCAAUGUCAUGGUGGAUGGGAAGCCAGUGAACCUGGGUCUCUGGGAUACAGCAGGGCAAGAGGACUAUGACCGACUGCGGCCCCUCUCCUACCCUCAGACAGAUGUCUUCUUGAUCUGCUUCUCCCUGGUGAGUCCGGCCUCAUUUGAGAAUGUCCGAGCCAAGUGGUACCCGGAGGUCCGGCACCACUGCCCUAAUACGCCCAUCAUCCUGGUGGGCACCAAGCUGGACUUGAGGGAUGACAAGGACACCAUUGAAAGGCUGCGUGAUAAGAAACUGGCCCCCAUCACCUACCCCCAGGGCCUGGCCAUGGCACGGGAGAUUGGGUCAGUGAAGUAUCUUGAGUGCUCAGCCCUGACACAGCGGGGCUUGAAGACCGUGUUUGACGAAGCUAUCCGUGCUGUGUUGUGCCCCCCACCUGUGAAGAAGCCUGGCAAGAAGUGCACUGUGUUCUGAGGAUGUUGGCAAGAUGCUGACUCAGCAUGUCCUUGUCAUCCUCCUCCAACAGAUUGAGUGUUCGCUGGGUUCUUCUGGAGGGGGCUGUGAUGUAUGGGGCCCUUCAUCAUGUACGAAGUCAGUGUUUUUUAAAUGUCUCUUUGAUUUAACGUCAGUGUUGAUGUGAAGGGGCAG